UUUCGCAUCCAACCAGCAUUUUUUUCUUUUGCAAAACAGUCUUGCCACAUCCACCACCCAGACACAAAAACCAUGCCACUUUUUCAUCCCGUUGACGCCACCGUGAAUCUCCUCAACAAGGCCUCGGAACUGCUGCCGGGCAUUGGCAAGCAGGAGACAACCACAACGGACGACGCGCAGCAACCUUCCGAAAUUGGCGAAAGCGAAACAACAACGGACAAGGUGUCAGAGCGCAGUGAAAAGUCCGUCAAGCAGGACAAGAACGAGCAGCAACUCGACGAUGCCGAAGACAAGAAGACCGCUGACCAGGAAGCCGAAGGUCAGGACGCGACGGCCGGCGAGGACCAGGAGGGGCAGCAGCAGGAGCAUUUGCUGAGCCACGGCAAGGUCUCGAUCAACGCCGCCACCCUCAAACAUACACUUUUGCACCCACUCGAGGUCUUGUCGGACAUCAAGACGACGAUCGACGAAGGCGCAUCGUACAUCCAGCAGCAAUACUUGUCCGGAGGCAACAACGAAGAGGAAAUGCAGGAGGAAGAGGAGAAGGACAAGGACUUGGGUGACAAGGACACCAACGACAAGUGGGUUGAUCGCCAGCUCCACUCCAAGGAUGCCAAGGCCACUGACUUUGAGAGUACGGAAGACAAGAAGCAAGCCGAGUCAUCGACCAAGAAGAACGCCGACCUGGUCGAAAGCCUGCAUGCCAAGAUUGACGAGCAAAAGCAGCGUCGCACGGCGCGCACAUCCACAGAAGGCACCGACGAGGCCGAAGCCGACACCCACAAGGAGGAUGCCGAGCAGCGCAGGCAGCGCAUCAAGGAGCUCGAAGCCCAGCGUCUCGAGCAGAUUCGCUCCGAGAUGAAGAAGCACAAGGAGCUCCGCCAGCAAGAAGAGGAGCAAGAGGAGGCCAACAAGCAAGCCUCCUGGAAGGCACAGCAAGAGCAUGCGUGGAGCGAGAGCCGGAUGCAAGACGCCGAUGCCAAAGAGAUGGCCAAGGAAGAGCACAUUGAGCAGACCCGCCAAGACCUUGAGCCUCGCAAGCAAAAGACCGCGCCGGACUACAAGCAUCCUCGUUCGCAGACGUCCGACAUGCCCCCGCAACACGGCUACGAUCUCGUGCUCCAGGAUAUCAAGUCGCACGGCAAGCACCACGAGCCUGCCGGCACCACCCCUGCCGACCAGCUUGGCGUCCGCGAGAAGGCGAUCGAGCAGGCGCAAGUGUCUGGCCCUGCCAUCGACACGGUUGACCGCCCAUUCGAGACGGGUGCCGAGUUGCACCAGCGCGAGGCGCAUGACGAGCGUCCAGUCGUUGAGAAGGCGAAGGAGCUCGGACACGCAAAUGUCGUGAUGGAUGCCCCUCAGCAAGGCAAGCAUGCUGUCAUUGAGGAGCUGCCCUUCCCAAGUGAUGUGCUCCAAAACCGCCACAAGGCCAAGAACGAACGCCGCCAGUAGGUCGGUGCGAUCGUCCGUUCUUUCUACAAAAGCAAAUCUGUUGUUUUGACAAACAAUGUGAAGCAUGAUGCCUUAGCUUUUUGUCGUGCUUGAUGCUUCUUGCCUCCUGUGAUUGCAAGCAAAGUUCUGCAGCUUUGUCGCAUGUUGUGAAUGUCGAAUGUUGUUUCAAUGUCAUAAAGAAAGCCAGCCGCUUCUUUGGGUUUCUCAUCAA